AUUGUCGCCGAACCUGCAGUUCUCAAGUAGCAGCUAGCCUGCAACACCAGCGCAGUGCAGUGGGGCAGGAAUACAGUACAGUACGAUGGCGGUUGACACUAUUUCUCCUGAUUGGGAAUUUGAUCGAUUUGAUGAUGGAUCUCAGAAGAUCCACACCGAGGUGCAGUUGAAGAACUAUGGAAGGUUCCUGGAAGAGUACACCCGUCACCUGAGGGGCAUAGAGGAUGCUCUGGACGAUUCCAUAGGAGACGUCUGGGACUUCACCUUGGACCCCAUAGCCCUGAAUCUCCUCCCAUACGAGCAGUCCUCCCUGUUGGAGUUGAUCAAAACAGACAACAAGGUUCUGAACAAAGUCAUCACGGUCUACGCAGCGCUCUGCAGCGAGGUGAAGAAACUCAAAUAUGAGGCAGAAACAAAGUUCUACAAUGGUCUGCUGUACUAUGGUGAAGGAGUGUCAGACAGCAGUGUGCUGGAGGGGGAGCUACAGGUGCAGAUGGGCAGGUUCAUCUCCUUCCUCCAGGAGCUCUCCUGCUUCGUGGCCCGGUGUUUCGAGGUGGUGGUCAACAUUGUUCACCAGCUGGCUGCUCUCUACAACAGCAACAAGGGUGCAACCAAAAUCAUUGAGUCUUCAGGGGUUCAUUUUCAGACUGUGUACGAGCACCUGGGAGAGUUGCUGGUGGUUGUGCUCACGCUGGAUGAGAUCAUGGAGAACCACACCACCCUAAAGGACCACUGGAAGAUGUACAAGAGGCUGCUGAAGUCAGUGCACCACAACCCUGGGAAGUUCUCCAUCCCAGAGGAGAAGCUGAAGCCGUUUGAGAAGCUCCUGCUGAGGCUGGAGGGACAGCUGCUGGACGGCAUGAUCUUCCAGGCGUGUGUGGAGCAGAGGUUUGACGACCCUGGAGAAGGAGUUUGCGUGUCGAAGAACAGUGCCUUUGCCGAGGAGUUUGCCCUCAACAUCCGCACCAUCUUCACCAACGUUGAGUCCAAGAUCGGUGAGCCAUCAGAGAUCGACCAGAGGGAUAAGUACGCGGGAGUAUGUGGUCUCUUCGUGCUUCACUUUCACAUCUUCAGGACGAUAGACAAGAAGCUCUACAAGGCUCUGCUAGACGUCUGUAAAAAGGUUCCUGCUGUCACCCUGACCGCCAACAUCAUCUGGUUCCCAGAUGCCUUCCUCAUCGCUAAGGUCCCCGCCGCAGCCAAGCUGAUGGACAGGAAGAGCCUGCAGGCCAUCCGAGCGCAGAGAGACGCCUUCCUCCAGCACAAGGCCCAGACACUCACCAAGGACGUCCAGUCGUACUAUGUGUUCGUGACAUCCUGGAUGAUGAAGAUGGAGGCCAUCUUGUCUAAGGAGCAGCGCAGCGACAGGCUGGCAGAGGACCUGAGCGGACGCUGCAACAUCUUCGUCCAGGGCAUCCUGUAUGCUUACAGUAUCAGCACCAUCAUCAAGACCACCAUGAACCUGUACAUGUCCAUGCAGCGGCCCAUGACCAAGACCUCUGUUAAAGCUCUCUGCAGGCUGGUGGAGCUUCUCAAGGCAGUGGAGCACAUGUUCCACCGGCGGUCCAUGGUGGUGGCCGACUCUGUCUCCCACAUCACCCAGCAGCUGCAGUCCCAGGCCCUGCACGCCAUCGCCACCGCCAAGAAGCGCGUGGUGUCGGAUAAGAAGUACAGCGAGCAGCGUCUGGACGUCCUGUCCUCCCUGGUGCUGGCCGAGAACGCCCUGAACGGGCCCAGCACUAAAGAGCGCCGCCUGGUGGUGGCCCUGGCCCUGAGCGUGGGAACACAGAUGAAAACCUUCAAGGACGAGGAGCUGCUUUCUCUGCAGCUGGGCCUGAAGAAGCUGGACCUGAUCAGCGAGCUGAGGGAGAGGGUCAAAGUUCAGUGUGACUGCAGCUUCCUGUACUGGCACAGAGCAGUGUUCCCAAUCUACCUGGACGACGUGUACGACAAUGCAGUGGACGCUGCUCGCAUACAUUACAUGUUCAGUGCCCUGAGGGAUAGCGUACCCACCAUGCUGUACGCCAAACACAUGGAGUCAUGUGACCAGCUUCUGGACAGCUACGACCAGGAGAUCAUGGAGGUGUUCAAUGAGCACCUGCUGGAUAAGCUGUGUAAAGAGAUAGAGAAGGACCUGCGUCUGUCGGUGCACACUCACCUGAAGCUGGACGACAGGAACCCCUUCAAGGUGGGGAUGAAGGACCUGGCACAGCUGUUCUCCCUCAAACCCGUCCGCUUCUUUAACCGCUUCAUCCACAUCAAAGCCUACGUGACCCACUACCUGGAUAAGACCUUCUACAACCUAACCACCGUGGCCCUGCAUGACUGGGCCACCUACAGUGAGAUGAGGAACCUGGCAACCCAGCGCUACGGCCUGGUGAUGACAGAGGCUCACCUUCCCAGCCAGACCCUGGAACAGGGGCUGGAUGUUCUGGAGAUCAUGAGAAACAUCCAUGUGUUUGUGUCUCGCUAUCUCUACAACCUCAACAACCAGAUCUUCAUAGAGAAGACGAGCAACAACAAGCACCUGAAUACCAUCAACAUACGACACAUCGCCAACUCCAUCCGCACCCACGGCACGGGCAUCAUGAACACCACGGUAAACUUCACCUACCAGUUCCUGAGGAAGAAGUUCUACAUCUUCAGUCAGUUCAUGUAUGACGAGCACAUAAAGUCCAGACUCAUCAAAGACAUCCGCUUCUUCAGGGAGACAAAGGACCAGUCAGACCAGAAGGUGGGUGUGUUUACGACGGUCCAGUACCCGUUUGAACGGGCGGAGAAGUUCAACCGUGGAAUCAGGAAGCUGGGCCUCACCCCUGAGGGACAGAGUUACCUGGACCAGUUUAGACAGCUCAUCAGCCAGAUCGGUAAUGCCAUGGGCUACGUGAGAAUGAUCCGGUCAGGAGGACUGCAUUGCUGCAGCAGUGCCAUCAGGUUUGUGCCUGACCUGGAGGACAUAGUGAACUUUGAGGAGCUGGUGAAGGAGGAGGGCCUGUCUGAGGAGACCCAGAAGGCUGCCAGCGUGCUGGACAGCGUUCUAGGAGACCUGACCAGUAACUCAGCUGAAGGGACCGAGUAUUUUAAGAUGUUGGUGGGAGUGUUCGCCCCGGAGUUCCGCAGUGCCAAGAACAUGCACCUGAGGAACUUCUAUAUGAUCGUACCUCCACUGACGGUGAACUUCGUGGAACAUUCCAUCGGCUGCAAGGAGAAGCUCAACAAGAAGAACAAAGGCGGAGCCGCCUUCACAGAUGACGGCUUCGCCAUGGGAGUGGCUUACAUCCUCAAGCUGCUGGACCAGUACCUGGAGUUUGACUCGCUGCACUGGUUCCAGGCGGUCAGGGAAAAGUACCUGAAGGAGAUGAACGCCGUGGUGAAGGAGCAGAGCGUCCAGGCCACCAGCCAGGACGAGAAGCUGCUGCAGACCAUGAACCUCACCCAGAAGAGGCUGGACGUGUACCUGCAGGAGUUUGAGCUGCUGCACUUCUCCCUGAGCAGCGCACGCAUCUUCUUCAGAGCCGACAAGACGGCCGCAGAGGAGACGCAGGAGAAGAAGGACAAAGCAGACGCUGCUGGUAAGCUAAGAGCUGCUCCCUCCUCUGAUGGCUCCUCCCCCUCUGACCCUGCAGGGAAGUGACCCGCCAGAGGCUGUAGGUCAGAGUUCAGUUGUCAGUCAUGUGACAGAACUUGAGGAAGUACUUCAGAACACACCUGGAAACACCUGAGGAGGGGACCCAGCGCGCUGACGUCGGCUCUCUCACGUUGGGAUCUCCAACAACCGCCAGCGUGUCUGAGAGACACUGUGUUCUAGAAACAAGAGACUCUUCUGGAACCGAGACAGUGUUCUGGAACACAGAAAGACUGUUCUGGAACUCUGAGACUGUUCUAGAACCAUGUUGACUUGUUCCGUGUUUUUCUGGUUAUGUGUCAUCACAUGACCACCCUCUGAAUGACAGCAGUGACUCUCCAGAACUCCUCAGUGUGCUGCUGGCCAGGCAUCGCAGUUACAUAUUAUUUUUUUGUGUUUUUUUUUCUUCUUUCUCAAAUCAGUGAAUGAGAAUUUGAACUCCACGUUAUGCUCACUAGUCCUGGGUUGAUCUGCAGGUCCUUUUUUGUAUGAAUCGGCAGCAUGGACAGUUCUCCAAGGAUUCAGACGACGAUGAGAAGUGUGCGUCUUCCGACGCACACAGGACCUUCACUGCUCACUGUUUAUAUCUGUGUGUGUGUGUGUGUGCGAGCAUGUGUUAUUGAUCCUGGUUCCACUGUCGUGAGCAGCCCUAACCUGCUGCCGUGUUUCUCUGACAAGAGGCUUUGUGGUUUAAUCAUCAAGAUUUCAUGAAUGUUUAGAUUGUGUGCCAUCUUGUUACCGUCUCCUAAAUACAUCAUGUCUUACUUCCUGUCAAGGCCAGGACCCUUUUCAUCUGGUUAUGACGAUUUAUUGAAGUAUAUUUGUGUAUGCAUGACAUUAAGUGACAUCAAAAUAGAAUAACACACUGUAAAGUCAAAAUGUCGUUCCAUUAUAUCCUGCCAGUGCUGCUUGUAUGGCUCACUUGGGUUAACACGUCGAUCCUGAUGAAAUAAUGCCCUUUAACAUGGAUACCAACAUUUUUUAACUGGAUAUCAGAAGUCUACUUAUGACAUUGUCUUCGCUUUCGUGCCUUGUUGAGUACAGUGUUUCAUAUUUAACUUUUAAGUGAUGAAGCAGGGUCUAUAAACAUGCUCAAAUCAUCAGACAGCCUUUAUUGGCAGCACUCUGGAUGCAGAUAUGUGGGUGAUGGUUCAUUUAAUUUAAAACUUGGUCUGGAAAUGAUCUCCUAAUUUCACGUAACGUGGACUAAAUCGCACUGUGAUUCGCCCCGCUGGCUCACUGGUGGAGUUCUGGUUCUUCAUCCAGAGAUCAGAUGGAGACCUGUACUAGACCAGUAAGGAAGAUCUGUAUUGUUUCAGGUUUGAACACACUAGAUGAUGAAGUGCAUUCUGAUUCCAACGUGCUUCAAGUCGUUCUCACCGCUAAUCAGAUGUAAGACCCUGUACUGUUGUUUUAUAUUAACUUUUUCUAAAUCUAAGGCAUUUGUGAAUGUUAAGUGGUGUGUAGUAGACAUUUAAAUGUUGCACUAAUGAAUAGUUUUAAAUAAACUAUGUAAAAGAAAAUAG